AUGCACGCAGUCGCGCGCAGCUUGGCGUCCGAGGAGGCAUCGGCGGCCCCGCCGGUGCUGGCGCCCGCCCCGCCAGCUGCCGCUCAGGGCCCGGACUUGACCCCUGGCAGCACAGCGGGGCCAGCAGGCGUGGACGCCGCUGCCACGUGCACCAGCGGCGCAGACGCCCCCGCACGCCCAGGCGCCUCACCCGCCGAACAGGCGGGUAGCAGCGGCACGGGCGACGCCGCGGCGAGCACCAGCAGCAGCACCCUGCGUGAUGGCAGCAGCUCUGCUGCAGGCGGCGGCGCCGCCGGCAGCACGGGUCCAGCUGACAACCAGGGCGCCUCCGAUGGUACAAGCACCACCAGCAGCAGCAGCAGCAGCGCCGGCAACGGCACGGGUCGCAUCGGCGACAACGGCGGCAGGGGCGGCGACGGCGGCGGCGGCGACAGCAGCAGCAGCAGCAGCAGCGGGGCGCCAACGGGCCCUGCGAGCGGCGCCGCCCGUGCUGGCGCCCGCGGCCCGCCGCCCGCGCCCGCGGCGCCGUUCCUGAUGCACUCCGGCGCCUCCAUGCUGCCGCACCCUGACAAGGCCCACCGCGGCGGCGAGGACGCCUUCUUCAUAUCAGACCCCCCGCUCGCCGUCGGCGUCGCCGACGGCGUCGGCGGCUGGGCGGAAAUAGGCGUCGACGCGGGCGCGUACGCGCGGCUGCUCAUGUCGCACGCCAAGGAGGAGGCCGAGGCGCUCCUCUCCGGCGGCGGCCCGCUGUCGCCGCAGGCCGUGCUGGAGCGCGCCUAUUACCGCACCAACGUGCAGGGGUCGUCAACGGUCUGCAUCUUGUCCCUAAACGGCGCCACCCUCUGCGCCUCCAACCUCGGCGACAGCGGCUUCAUCCUCGUGCGCGACGGCCUCCCCGCCUUCCAGUCGCCGCAGCAGCAGCACAACUUCAACUUCCCCUACCAGAUCGGCUCGGCGGACGGCGGCGCGAGCGACCACCCGGCGAGCGCGAUGCGGUUCGAGCUGGGGGUGCAGCCUGGGGACGUCGUCGUGUGCGGCACGGACGGGCUUUGGGACAAUGUGUUUGCGGAGGAGGCGGCGACGAUCGUGGCGCGCUGCAAGGCGCAGGGGGACGGGCCUGAGGCGGCGGCCAACACGCUCUGCAGGUACGCGCGCAUGCGUGCCACAGACCCCAAGUACCAGUCCCCCUUCAGCUACUCGGCGCUGCAGGCGGGAUACAUGUACGUGGGGGGCAAGCUCGAUGACAUCACCGUCCUUGUCAGCUACGUCACCAUGGCGGGCGCCAAGCUGUGA